AGAGGCUGAUUGGCUGGAUGUUUUAGAUAUUCACUUCAUGAACAAAGUAUUGCAGGAUUUCUCUUCAGUUGGGAUAGUCACAGUGAGAGAAAAAUGUCACUGCCGAAGGUCUUGUGUUUUCAUCUCAUAUUGAUGCUGUCUGCUUUCACCGGAGCAGCUAACGGAUACUACUAUUCUCGGUGGACUAAAUGCAUCCACAGCUCCCGUGAUCUCAGUGACAUGGUGUACAUUGAUAACUAUAUCUUCAAUAAAGAUGUGCACAUACAGUUCAACAGCACUGUGGGGGAGUAUGUGGGAUACACUGCACAUGGAGUAUAUAACGCAGAGUUAUACAACAAAGAUCCCAACCAGCUGCAGCAAGAGAGAGCUCAGGUGGAGACAUACUGCAAAUAUAAUGCUAAAAACAGACAGAGCGCUAUCGCUGAUAAAACAGUUGCACCAAAGGUUAAGCUCAGUUCAGUGAAGCAGGCCGGUGGCAGACAUCCAGCUGUGUUGAUGUGCAGUGCUUACCGCUUCUACCCACACGGGAUCCAAGUGACCUGGAUGAAAGACGAUAAACCUGUGAAGUCUGAUGUGACCUCAACUGAGGAGAUGCCUAACGGAGACUGGUACUACCAGAUCCACUCCCACCUGGAAUACACUCCCAAAUCUGGAGAGAAGAUCUCCUGUAUGGUGGAUCACGCUGGCUUAACUAAACCCAUCAUUGUAGACUGGGAUCCGUCUCUCCCUGAGUCUGAGAGGAAUAAAAUCGCUAUCGGGGCGUCUGGUCUGGUGCUGGGAAUCAUCAUCACAGCUGCUGGACUCAUUUACUACAAGAAGAAAUCAUCAGGGAGGAUCCUGGUACCAACCUAAUGAUGGUACGACUGACUGGACUUGACUCAUUGAUGGACAACUCACUUAUCAUUUAUGUUUUACUUUUAACAGUUAAAACCAUUUAAAAAAUUGAAAACAAUAACAACAAAUCUAAUAAAUGUGUUUGAUAUUUGUAGCUUUUUAUUAAAUUGCAAUGAUGAUAUAAUGAACUGUAAAUUAUAGAGAUUAUAUAGAAACAUAAAUUAUCAUUCUUGCUGGCUUUUUUUUCCAGUACUUAAUGCAUAGAAUAAAAGAAGUUCAUAAUAUUAGAACAGAAUCUUGUAAGUCUGUAUAGCUAAUAAUAAUGGUAUCUGUCAGGCUCUGGGUCUGAGAAAGGGUACUCUGAGACCUUUUUGAAGACUAUUUUACUCUUCUUUAUUGUAAAAAUGUAUAUUAGAAGUGAAUUUGUGCAGUCUUUCAUGUAAUAUGUUUGAUAUAAAAAAUAUAAAAAAAUAUUAUUACUGCAUAAAUAAGACCAUCAACAGAUUUUUCUUACUUUUAUUUGUUCUGACAAUGAUUCUUCUGCAUGAUUUAAUGACAUCAAAAUAUCCUCAACAAUUUUUUGUUUUUCAGAAACACCAUCUGAAACAUUUCUUGGUUAUGUGCUGUAUGUUCUUUUAAGCUCUAAAUAAAUAUUUCUUUACAAAA